UGGAGACCCAAGGAGCCCCGGCUUCUAACCGCGACAAUGUGGCAAAGCGUCGGCUUGACCCUGCUGGUGAUCGUGGCCACGCUGGUUUGCGUCCUGCUCUUCAUGCUUUGCGGUUGGUAUGUGGUCUGGCAGCUGUUCUUAUCCAAAUUCAAGUUCUUGCGGGAACUGAUAGGAGACACAGGAUCCCAACAGGGAGAUAACGAAAUCACAGAGCCGGAAAGUGAACAAGAUGCAUCAUCCAUUCUGCAGAGGAGUAGGCAGAAGUCAACACGGCAGCGAAAGGCACCCCCCGAAGAAGCCACUUAAAGCAA